CUUUGUUAGUGAGGGGCGGUGCUUCAUGUGACAGGUCGCCUGUGUUACCUCCGGAAACAGAAAGUGAGGAAGUGAAGGAGAACGGGAGAGAGUGCGCAGCCAGAGCAAGACAUGACCGAGCCCGGGGCCCAGUCACCGGCCGCCUGAGAGCGGGGUACAGAGGGACAGGCUGACACCAGGGGGCGCCCUCUCAGGGCUUUCACAUCACCAUGUUGCUGAAUCUGCAUCCCCUGGAGAACCUGAAGUCGUACAUUAGUAGUCGGCCCCCUCUGGUGGUCUUUAUGGUCAGCGUCAGUGGUAUGGCCAUUGCUUUCCUCACGCUUGGCUACUUCUUCAAGAUGAAGGAAAUCAAGUCACCAGAGAUGACAGAGGACUGGAACACCUUUCUUCUGAAGUUCAAUAACCUGGACUUUUGUAUAUCGGAGAAUGAAACUUUGAAACAUCUAUUGAAUGAUACAACACCACCAGAGAGUACGGUCACCACGGGUCAGGGCCGAUCCUCUACACAAACGCCGCAAGCUUUAGAGGACGCCGGACCAAUAAAUAUUUCUGUAGCUGUUACCCUAACUUUGGAUCCACUGAAGCCUUUUGGAGGAUAUUCUCGAAACAUUACUCACCUGACUUCCACAAUUUUUGGCCAUCAGAUUGGUCUUACAGGCAGAGAGUCCCAUGAGGAGAUGAAUAUAACAUUUACUCUGCCAGCUUCCUGGAACUCUGAUGACUGUAUUCUCCAUGGACAUUGUGAGCAGGUGGUAUUUACCACAUGUAUGACUGUAACAGCCAUGAGCAACGUGUUCCCAGUCACUGUACAACCUCCUCAUUGCAUUCCUGAAACGUACAGCAAUGCCACACUGUGGUACAAAAUCUUCACCACUGCUCGAGACUCUGGAACCAAGUAUGCCCAAGACUAUAACCCCUUCUGGUGUUAUAAGGGAGCUAUUGGAAAGGUGUACCAUGCUUUAAACCCCAAGCUUACAGUUAUUGUUCCAGAGGAUGACCGCUCUCUUAUUAAUCUGCAUCUGAUGGACACCAGCUACUUUCUGUUUGUGAUGGUUAUCACCAUGUUUUGCUAUGCAGUCAUCAGGGGUCGCCCAAGCAAGCUGAGACAAAGCAAUGCCGAGUUCUGUACUGAAAAGGUUGCACUCUCUGAAGCAUAACCAUCCUCUUGUACCAUCAGUAGAUACAAUUGGAGUCAUUGCCUGUUGACCCCACCUAGAGAUUGCGUCCUGUGUCCUUCUAGAGGGGGAGGGAGGAACACACAAUAUUGCAAUGUUGGUUUCUUCCAACCAAAGACAUUUCAAGUGCCUGUAAUUGAUUUGUACAUAUUUAUAAAUAGGUACAUUUGAAGAAGCUUGGUGCAAAUGUUCUGCAUUGCAGGAACUUACCUUUUGCCCAGUGUACCUGUGGACUCACUGUUGUUUCCUUGUGUAGAUAUGUUUAGUGGAUGUUUCUAGUUGGCAGUGCGAGUUGCCUGAUUGGUGGGAAUGUCUAAUGAAUGAGAUCCUGAUCUCAAGCAAAACUGCACUUUUUCUUUUUGAAAUCUGGAAAAAUCACUUGUUUGAAAAGAAGAAACAUGGCUGCUGCAUGGAGAAGGCCUGUACUCUGGUAGCUCUGUAUUAAAAGCAUCCAUUCUUCAUGAUG